AACUCCUCCCACCUGCCAUUCUCCGGGCUGCAGCGACCACUACUUGGCUUGACUGCUUCCGUGCAACUUUCCUCGAGUCACUGCGAGUUAGUGCGCCAGAAUGGCUUCAACUUGCUCAGGAUGUGGACCCGGGUUUAAAACCCCUCUUGAUGCAAUGAAAGGGCCAAGAGAAGAGAUUGUCUACCUACCAUGCAUUUAUCGCAACACAGACAUCCAGAAACCUGACUACCUUGCAACUGUUGAUGUUAAUCCAGAGUCUCCAGAUUUUUGCAAGGUGAUUCACAGGCUACCCAUGCCAAAUCUGAAGGAUGAGCUGCAUCAUUCCGGUUGGAAUGCCUGUAGCAGCUGUUAUGACGACGCUUCUAAAAAACGCAAUCGUCUUAUUUUGCCCUCCCUGAUCUCAUCCCGUAUCUACGUUGUUGACGUGGGGACAGAUCCUCGGGCCCCGAGACUCCACAAGAUGGUGGAGCCUACAGAUCUGUAUUGGAAAUGUGGCCUUGCCAAUCCUCACACUUCUCACUGCUUAGGCAGCGGCCAGAUCAUGAUAAGUGCCAUGGGUGAUCCCUCAGGCAACGGAAAGGGUGGUUUUGUGCUGCUGGAUGGACAGACCUUUGAAGUUAUUGGCAACUGGGAGCAGCCGGGUGAAGCAGCACCCUUUGGUUAUGACUUCUGGUAUCAGCCUCGUCAUAACGUCAUGAUAAGCACUGAGUGGGGAGCGCCCAAAGCCUUGGGGAACGGCUUUAACCCUGCAGAUGUCAAAGCUGGUCACUACGGGCAGCGCCUUCAUGUGUGGGACUGGACAACACACAAGCGAAUUCAGACUUUGGAUUUGGGAGAGGAGGGUGCAAUUCCACUUGAGAUCCGUUUCCUACAUGACCCUGCUGCAUCCGAGGGCUUUGUGGGCUGUGCGCUGCAGGGCACGGUCUUCCGCUUCUACAAGACACGGAAAGGAGAUUGGGCAGCAGAAAGGGUCAUCAAAGUUCCAAGCAAAAAGGUUGAUGGUUGGGCUCUUCCUGAGAUGCCAAGUCUUAUUACGGACAUCUUAAUUUCAUUGGAUGACCGCUUCCUGUACUUCAGCAACUGGUUGCAUGGAGACAUUCGGCAGUAUGACAUCACUGACCGGAAAAAUCCACGGAUGGUUGGUCAGGUGUUUCUGGGGGGCAGCAUUUUAAAAGACGGACCUGUCAAGGUAUCGGAGGACAAAGAACUGGAUAGCCCGCCAUCGGCACGAGUGGUGAAGGGAAAGAGGAUACAGGGAGGGCCUCAGAUGUUACAGCUGAGCCUGGAUGGAAAAAGACUCUAUGUUACCACUUCGUUAUACAGUGCGUGGGACAAGCAGUUCUACCCAGACCUCCUCAAGGAGGGUUCUGUCAUGAUGCAGAUUGAUGUGGACACAGAUAAAGGGGGCCUGAAGCUCAAUGAGGACUUCCUUGUAGAUUUCGGAGCAGAACCAGAGGGUCCAGCGCUUGCCCACGAGCUCAGAUACCCCGGUGGAGACUGCACUUCUGAUAUUUGGUUAUAAAAUGAGACCAUGACAUCAUGUACUCAAUUAUUAUGAUCAUGUAUGUAGUGAUACUCAUCGAAGGUUUCACAUUAUUAUCAUGAUGCUAAUUGGUUGAAUGGACCAAACGCUUAGUAGUAUCAAAAGUAUUGCAAUUAGCUUCUGCAAGAGUAAGUCGUGUGAAUUAUGUGAAUCACAUCAGCCAAUAAAAGUAAUUUCCAUGAACUUUGUAUGGUUUUAAAUGGUUUAAUAAAGAAUUUCAGCU